AUGAUGAUGAUGAUGAAUCGGAUAUAUGAUAAUGGUGAUGAUGAUUAUGAUUCGGAUAUUGAUGAUGAUGAUGAUGAUGAUGAUGAUGAUGAUGAUGAUGAGGAUGAUGAUGAUUCGGAUGAUGAUGAUUCGGAUGAUGAUGAUGAUUCGUUUUCGGAGAUGAUGAUGAUGAUGAUGAUGAUGAUGAUGAUGAUGAUGAUGAUGAUGAUGAUGAAUCUGAUGAUGAUGAUGAUGAUGAUGAUGAUGAUGAUGAUGAUGAUGAUGAUGAUGAUGAUCAUGAUGAUGAUGAUGAUGAUGAUGAUGAUGAUGAUGAUGAUGAUGAUGAUGAUGAUGAGACAUGAUGAUGAUGAUGAUGAUGAUGAUGAUGAUGAUGAUGAUGAUGAUGAUGAUGAUAAUGCGAAUGAUUCGGAUGAUGAUGAUGAUGAUUCGCAUAUUAAUGAUGAUGAUUCGGAUGAUGAUGAUGAUGAUUCGGAUGAUGAUGACGAUGAUUCGGAUGAUGAUGAUGAUGAUUCGGAUAAUGAUGACGAUGAUUCGGAUGAUGAUUCUAAUGAUUCCGAUGAUGAUGUUGAUGAUUCGGAUAUUAAUGAUGAUGAUUCGGAUGAUGAUGAUGAUGAUUACCAUGAUGAGUCGGAUGAUGAUGAUCACGAUUCGGAUGUUGAAGAUGAUGGUUCGGAUGAUGACGAUGAUGAUUCGGAUGAUGAUGAUUAUGAUUAUGAUUCGGAUGACGACGAUGAUGAUUCGGACAAUGAUGAUGAAGGUUCGGAUGAUGAUGAUGAUGAUUCGGUUGAUGAUGAUGAUUAUUCGCAUGUUGAUGAUGAUGAUUCGGAUGACAAUGAUGAUGAUUAA